AUGCUGCUCGCGCCGACUCUUGCGGCGCUCCUCGCCCUCGCCGGCGCAGAGGCGGCCCCUACGUCAUCGCAACCGCCGACACCAUACACCGACUCUCCAAGCACGACCACCUCGCCGCUCCCAGUCACAACGGGGAGCACGAUUGCGCUCGCCUCCCGACCACGACAUAGGGACGAUAGCUGGAACCCCGAUCUGAGGCUGCUGAAAUCCCACCUGGCCACAAGAAGCAAGUACGCCGGCCUGCUCGACGAAAGCGGGCGACAACAAUUACGAAGAGACUGGGCACAAUACGACGACCGGCGACGACAGGAGCUGCAGCGGAGAGAGCUGUGGGAGUGGAACGAGAGGAGAAGGCGGAGACGACGGAACAACGACGAGAAGGAGGCAGAGGUCGGGAACUCGGCCCCGGCGGAAGGAUAUCCCACUGUCCUCGCCAACUGGAAAGCGGACCGGAUCUACUCCCUCCCCGUCCUGAUCGGGACGCCGGCACAGCAAUUCGCCGUCACUAUCGACACUGGGUCGGCGGCUCUAUGGGUAUACGGGAGUGCGUGCAACAGCUCCCUCUGCGCCGAGGCUGGCGGGUAUGACGCCGCGCUAUCGAGCUCGGCGGGACAGCCUGAGGGCGACAUGGAGAUCAAGUACGGCCAGGGCUCAACGCUGGGCCACUGGAUCACCGACACGGUCAGUCUAGGCGGGUGGGCGAUAACGGGGUUCGAGUUCGGCUUCGCGCACGCCGUGCACGACCAGCCGUGGGACGGCACCGACACGUCUGGGAUCCUCGGCCUGAGUUGGGGGAUGAAGGGGUGGGCGGCGCCGUUCUGGCAAACCCUGGCCGUGCAGGGCGCAUUCGCCGAUCCGCGGUUCGGACUCUACCUCGCGCGCGAAAGAGAUACUAGGGAAAGCUCUAUCGACGGACAUCCCUCCCAUGAGGAGGUCGGGGGGAGUUUGACCCUGGGCGGCGUCGACGGCCAGGUCAUCGAUGGCGACAUCACGUACCUCGACGUGAAACAGACGCACGACGCGAUCACCUUCUGGCGCAUCGCGUGCGACGGGUACAGCAUCAACGGCCACUCCGAGCCUGCCCCGGUCGACGCAAUCAUCGACAGCGGGACGAGCUUCAUCUAUCUCCCGGCCGAGGACCAUAAGCGCUUCUGGUCGCUUGUGCCGGGCUCCCAAUCCAUGCCUUUGGACGAGUACGGCGCCAACUGGGCGCGCUACUUUGCGUUUCCCUGUCAGAACGCGAGCGUGAUCCAGUCCUUGGAGCUCGCAUUCAAGUUCGCAGGAAAGGAGUGGAAAAUCCAGCCCACCGACCUCAUCUACCAGCCGAUUCAGCAGGGCAGUCUGGACGGAUUCUGCAUCGGCGCCGUGCUUGAUGGAACGGGCAUCGUGGACAAUUUCGACGGCGCAUGGCUCGUCGGAGACGCGUUCCUCAAGAACGUCUACAGCGUGUAUACAUACGACCCGCCCCGCGUCGGAUUCGCCAAGAUCAAGUCGGACUUUGAUCUCAGGAUCGAGGGCAUGGACUGGGUCGACCGUACGCCUGGACACAACAAGACGCUGUCCCCGCCGCCGGUGGGCAUCAACCAACAAACGCCCACCAGUGUCAUCACCGUGCCCGCCGCCAGGACUGAUGGACCUGCUAAGAACAGGAUUUUCAAUGGCGCAGAGAAGGGAAGAGGAGGAGGAGGAGCGAGCGCGUGGCUCGCUGGAACAAUUGCUUUUAUAAUCUCGGCUAUCGUAUAA